AAACUGCCCCACGCUCUCUCUCCUUCCCUUCCUAAACUGAAAAUAACAACUCUCUAUCUAUCUCUCUCUCUGAAAUGCAUGCACGGUAGAACACUUUUUCACUAGACCUUCAUUUUCGUUUCUUGUAACUCUCCAGUGGUUGAAAAAUAUGGUCUACGACAGGCUUGGAUCCGCCGUGCGCCAUGGUUCUUCAACCCGCGAUACACUCCCACUCCACCCAGACAAAGCCACUUCAACACCUCCGGCCACCCGAAACUCCAAACUGAAAUUCCUCAUCAUAUUCUCUGCGGCGACACUCAUUGUUGCUUCGGCCGUAUCAGUGACCCUACUCGUCGGACUCCGAACCAGAGCCACGGGACAAUCGUCCGUUCACAGUGAGCACCGAAAGCUUACCCAAGCCAUUUCCAGAACCUGCAGCCAAACUCGGUACCCAAAUCUCUGUCACAACUCACUCCUCGACUUCCCGGACUCACUCUCCGCCUCCGAAAAAGAACUCGUCCACAUUUCCGUCAACAUUACUCUCCAACACUUCAGCAAAGCCCUAUACGUAUCCUCGACGAUCAACAAUCUCAUUAUGGACACGCGUGUAAGGUCCGCUUACGAAGAUUGCCUCGAGCUCUUGGACGACUCUGUGGAUCUACUCACGCGCUCUCUCACCUCCGUCUCGCUGGCCGGCUAUAGAAGUGGAGCUAAAGUGGGGUCCACACAGGACGUGAUGACGUGGCUAAGCGCGGCUUUGACCAAUCAUGACACGUGUACGGAUGGAUUUGCGGAGGUGAACGGUUACGUGAAGGAUCAAAUGGAGGAGAGACUGAAAGACUUGUCGGAAUUAGUGAGCAAUUGCUUGGCUAUAUUCUCGGCGUCCGGUGGGAACGAGGAUUUUUCAGGGAUUCCCAUACAUAAUCGUCGUCGGAGGCUGUUGGAAUCGGAGUCGGUGGAUGAUUUUCAAGCGAAACGUGUGCAUUUGCCGAAAUGGUUGUCUCGGAGGGAUCGGAGGUUGUUGGAUACGCCGGUGACGGCGAUUCAGGCGGAUAUUGUGGUGUCUCAGGACGGUAAUGGAACGUGCAAGACGAUUACGGAAGCGAUUAAGAAGGCGCCGGAGUACAGCUAUCGCCGAACUAUAAUCUACGUGAGGGCUGGAAGGUAUGUAGAGGAUAAUUUGAAGGUGGGGAGGAAGAAAACGAACUUGAUGUUUGUCGGUGAUGGGAAGGGCAAGACGGUCAUUACGGGAGGUAAAAGUGUCUUCGAUAAUGUGACGACAUUCCACACCGCGUCUUUUGCGGCUAGUGGUGCAGGUUUCAUUGCACGAGACAUCACAUUUGAGAACUGGGCUGGACCAAGCAAGCACCAAGCAGUGGCACUCCGUGUCGGAGCUGACCACGCCGUAGUCUACCGGUGCAACAUCAUCGGAUACCAAGACACCCUCUACGUUCACUCCCAACGCCAAUUCUUCCGAGAAUGUGAUAUCUAUGGAACAGUGGACUUCAUCUUCGGCAACGCCGCCGUGGUCUUCCAAAACUGCAGCCUAUACGCCCGAAAACCCAAUCCUUUCCAGAAAAACACAAUCACAGCCCAGAACAGAAAAGACCCAAAUCAGAACACAGGAAUAUCAAUCCAUGCAUGCAGGAUUUUAGCCACAACCGAUCUCCAGCCGGCGAAAGGUGGCUUUCCGACGUAUCUCGGCCGACCAUGGAAACUGUACUCAAGAACAGUCUACAUGAUGUCAGACAUUGGCGAUCACAUUCACCCAAGAGGUUGGUUGGAGUGGAAUGCAACAUUUGCACUUGAUACACUAUACUAUGGUGAGUAUAUGAAUUUUGGUCCUGGAGGGGCUGUUGGGCAAAGAGUGAAUUGGCCAGGGUAUAGAGUGAUCACAUCAGCAGUGGAGGCUAGUAAAUUCACAGUGAGUCAAUUUAUAUAUGGGUCUGCAUGGUUACCUUCCACUGGUGUGGCUUUCUUGGCAGGGCUAUCAGCUUAG